GGCGGCUGGAAUCUAAUCAAACUACAGCAGAUGACAGGUGGAGAAGCUCUGUCUAGAAAUAUUGGAACUCAGGCUCUGAGACUCUGGCAAAAUGAGCAACCGAAUAAGAUACAGGCGACCGCCAAACACGCAGCGCAGCGUUGAUAGUGUGCAGUCACGAGAGCCAAAGGUCUCAUAUUGGCCCUUCUGGCGUAUCGUCUACUGGCUGGUUGUCUUCCUUGUCAUUUUAGGCGUAUGUUUGGCCCUGUUCUACACCCUCCAAUCGGACCGUGGCCACUGCGACUCGUACGACGUGCGGUGCGAGUGAGUGGAAGGAGUGGAAGCAAAUGGAGUGGAACUCAACUACUUAAACAUCUACACACUUAUACACCCAAUCCAUGCUGCCGUCCAGUUCGUUAAACAAUUCAAUUC